CCUGGUUGGUGAGCGGAACGGGGAGUUCUUUCUGAUCUGACGCUCUUAGUAGCGGCUUCUGUCGGGCGUAUCACCGCUGUCUGUACAGCCGAUAUGUUGUCCCGUUCCCGGUGUCUUACCCGCUCUGUCGGUCGCUCAAUUUCUGCACUACGACAGGGAAACAAUGUUCUAGCAAAACGAGCUGCUUCAGGCAUAUCAGCGGCUCAGUGUGCCACAUUCAGGAACGAUCUGAAAUAUGAGACCAGGCCCAGCAUCUUUCAAAUCAGAUACUUCAAGACCACUGCAGCCCACAGGAAUGAAGUUAUUACAGUUAACACACCGGCGUUUGCUGAGUCUGUCACAGAGGGGGAUGUGAGGUGGGAAAAAGCUGUUGGAGACACUGUCAAAGAGGAUGAGGUUGUCUGUGAAAUUGAGACUGAUAAGACGUCGGUGCAGGUGCCCUCUCCUGCUGCUGGCGUGAUUGAGGAGCUCCUGGUACCUGACGGAGGCCGAGUAGAGGGAGGACUUCCUCUGUUCAGGCUGAAAAAGGGAGCCGGAGCUGCCAAGGCAGCCGCUGCCCCCGCUCCAGCAGCUGAGGCCCCUGCAGCUGCUGCCGCUCCUCCUCCACCUCCCCCAUCUGCUGCGACAGCUGGACCUAUCCCUACCACCAUGCCCCCGGUGCCACCGGUACCAGCGCAACCAGCCACUUCUAAACCAGUUUCAGCGGUCAAACCCACUGCAGCUCCUGCGGGCCCUGCUGUAGACGCUGGAGCCAAGGGCGCCCGAUCAGAGCACAGGGUAAAGAUGAACCGUAUGAGGUUGAGGAUUGCUCAGAGGCUAAAAGAAGCUCAGGACACCUGCGCCAUGCUAACAACGUUUAAUGAGGUGGACAUGAGCAACAUUUCAGAAAUGAGGAAGGUCUACAAAGAUGCUUUCCUUAAGAAGCACAACAUCAAGCUGGGCUUCAUGUCUGCUUUCGUGAAAGCAGCCGCCUAUGCUUUGGUGGACCAGCCAGCAGUCAACGCUGUUAUUGAUGACACGACCAAAGAGAUAGUGUACAGGGAUUACGUGGACAUUAGUGUAGCAGUAGCUACACCAAAGGGAUUAGUGGUACCAGUGAUUAGAGGAGUGGAAGGAAUGAACUUUGCCGACAUUGAAAAAACCAUACACGAGCUGGGAGAAAAGGCCCGUAAAAACGAGCUAGCAGUGGAGGACAUGGACGGUGGCACGUUUACCAUCAGUAACGGUGGAGUGUUUGGCUCACUGUUUGGGACACCCAUCAUCAACCCACCGCAGUCUGCUAUUUUGGGCAUGCAUGGCAUCUUCGACCGGCCGGUGGCUGUUGCAGGCAAGGUUGAGGUCAGACCCAUGAUGUACGUGGCUCUGACGUACGACCAUCGCUUGAUUGAUGGCAGAGAGGCUGUGACCUUCCUGCGUAAGAUCAAGUCUGUGGUCGAGGACCCCCGUGUGCUCUUGCUGGAUAUGUGAGCCGUCUCAUACGCCCGAUAAUGGCUGACUUCCUCAGAAAAUAAGUUCUGAUCUCACACAGUGGUUUCCCUCCCUACUUAUAAUUUAAUGUGUUGCUGAUUUACUAAAGAAAGAACAGCAGGAAUGUUAGCUCACCUGCAAGCAGAAAGAAGAAACCGUGAUGACGGUUGCAUGGGUUAUAUUGAUUAAAGGUUAUUCUUAAAACAGCUGGAGUUUUCUUAGCAGGAAGACCGUCAUGUCAUUUGUAAGUGCUUUCGCCAUUGUUCUAUUGAAUUAUACGUAUAAUCCUUGUAAUACAUUUGCAGUUAUAUUAGAAUUGCAUUCUAAAUCAUAUGCAAUUUAAUAGGUCACACAAACUCUGCCACUCUUUGUUCUGAAUGGUAAAAGAAGCACAGUUGUAGCCAGAGUGUGUUUUGCAUUCUGUGUGUAGUAUGAGAAGUAGAUAUCUCUCAAACAAACAUCAAAGCCAGAAACACUAUGUUCUAAACCCAGGAUUUCAAAGUAUUUUGUACACUUUGAUACAUACAUACAUGUUGCCGUAUGUCCCUGAAACAGUUUCAAGAUCACCAGUCGGAACAGAUUCUGUCUAAACUGUGUAAAAAUAUUUAAAGAGGAAAAAGCUUUUAAACAAUAAACUGAUUUAAGUUUC